UAGUGUCUAGCCCCGCCCCUUUGAGUGCCCGGAUGGAAGCUGAUUCGCACGUGUAGCGGCUGUCUGAGUGAAGUGUGAGCUCUGUAGACAAGAUGGAAGCUGAGAGCCCAGCCGCCUCCUCCGAAGAGACCUUCACCAGUGUGACCAGCAAGAAGAGUAGGAAGCGAAGGGCGCCUGAUGACAAGCCCAUGGACACGGGGGAGCAGCGCAGCAAGAGGCCGGACUUUCCCCAGAUAUCGGGAGACAAGCUCAUGGGUGAUAAAGAAGAAAUGAGAAAGAUCCCUGUCCCCUCACAUCGCUACACACCUCUGAAAGAGAACUGGAUGAAGAUCUUCACCCCAAUUGUAGAACACUUACAGCUUCAAGUUCGGUUUAACCUAAAAACAAGAAAUGUGGAGAUAAGGACUUGUAAAGAGACAACAGAUGUCGGCGCACUCACUAAAGCUGCAGAUUUUGUCCGAGCGUUUAUCCUGGGCUUCCAGGUGGAGGAUGCCUUAGCUUUGGUUCGAUUAGAUGACCUCUUCUUAGAAACCUUUGAAGUCACAGACGUUAAACCUUUAAAAGGAGACCAUCUUUCUCGUGCAAUUGGCAGAAUAGCUGGAAAAGGAGGAAAAACGAAGUUUACCAUUGAGAAUGUUACAAGGACCAGAAUAGUUCUUGCUGACUCAAAAAUACACAUCCUGGGGUCGUUUCAAAAUAUUAAGAUGGCGAGAACAGCAAUUUGUAACCUCAUUCUGGGAAGUCCACCAUCUAAAGUAUAUGGAAACAUUCGUGCUGUGGCAAGCAGAGCAGCUGAUCGUUUCUAAUGUGGCUGGCACCAUGUCUGGAUUGCUGCUAACCUCCGAUCGUUUGCAGAUGACAACUUGUUGCCUGUGUCAGUUCAGCAAUGGGGUUUUAGAAGCGUGUGGAUGAAGAUGUGACCGACCCUAUUCAAACUUUAACAUAAAAGGACUUUG